AGGAGAUGACCAGAGAGUGCGGACACAGUACAGGAGAUGACCAGAGACUGCGGACAUAGUACAGGAGAUGACCAGAGACUGCGGACACAGUACAGGGGAUGACCAGAGACUGCGGACACAGUACAGGAGAUGACCAGAGACUGCGGACACAGUACAGAGAUGACCAGAGACUGCGGACACAGUACAGGAGAGGACCAGAGACUGCGGACACAGUACAGGAGAGGACCAGAGACUGCGGACACAGUACAGGAGAGGACCAGAGACUGCGGACACAGUACAGGAGAGGACCAGAGACUGCGGACACAGUGCAGGGGAUGACCAGAGACUGCGGACACAGUGCAGGGGAUGACCAGAGACUGCGGACACAGUGCAGGGGAUGACCAGAGACUGCGGACACAGUGCAGGGGAUGACCAGAGACUGCGGACACAGUGCAGGGGAUGACCAGAGACUGCGGACACAGUGCAGG